AAAUCUUCGUUUAGUAUCAGGAUUCGAGGGAAGUUUUUUCUUCAUUUACAGCAGUUUUGAAGAGAUCUAUUUUAUCAUCGGGGUGUGAGGAGAUUCCUGUCAUGUUUAAAGUUCAAGGGGAUAACGAUACUCAUUACUGGCCCAGAAGAAAUACUAUUUAAAACGAAGAGAAGGUUCGUUUUGUCUUAGAACCCAACUCCAGGACUGUGACUUGAGUGCCUAGUCUCAUAUACCUUGUUCUAAAAGAUUCUGAGACAACUUUCUAAUAACUUGGCCAGACAUCAAAGGUCUACAGCUCUAAUCCCUCCUGUUUUGAGGAUAUGGGCGGGUCUCUUCCCAAGCCCCUCCCCUUCUUUAUGAUGUAGUUUGUGUCAUAAUACCGGGAGUGGAGAAUUCUAGAACCUGGGAAGCAAGAGGCCAGCAACAGCGCAGUUACAGGCGCUUCUGAGAGGCUUCAGGUGUUUAUAUGAAACUCCAGAAAGCCACCUCUGACUUCAGGGCCAAAGAAAGUGGGCCCGUAAGGGCUCCACGGGAGAGCAGGGCCCCAAACUCUCUGAUCUCAGUGAAAGAAAUUCUGAAGGCUGGGUCCCAGCGACCCAUCAUCCGCCAGUGAGGGUGCUUGCCGAUACCUUCUUGUCCUACCAUCUCACUCUGUGAAGAUGGCCUCAGUGCCUGUGUACUGUCUCUGUCGAAAGCCGUAUGAUGUGAACCACUUCAUGAUAGAGUGUGAUAUGUGCCAGGACUGGUUUCAUGGGAGUUGUGUUGGCAUUGAAGAAGAGAAAGCUGCUGACAUUGACAUCUACCACUGUCCAGACUGUGAGGUCUUACAUGGGCCUUCCAUCAUGAAAAAAUCGCAUGGAUCUUGUAAAGCGCAUGAAGCUCUCAAGAGGGAGCCAGUGAUGACAGGGAGCCCUGGGUUUAUUCACCAGCUACAGGGUAAGACUUUUGACAGUUCUGAUGAAGUGAUUUUGAAACCCACCGGAAGUCAGCUGACAGUGAAAUUCCUGGAAGAGAAAAGCUUCAGUACACCCAUCCUUGUCUUGAAGAAGGAUGGAUUGGGAAUGACACUUCCCCCACCAUCAUUCACAGUCAGAGAUGUGGAACAAUAUGUCGGUUCUGACAAAGAGAUCAAUGUGAUUGAUGUGGCCUGUCAGGCUAGUUGCAAGAUGAUGCUGGGUGAUUUUGUGAAAUAUUACUACAGUGGGAAGAGGGAAAAAGUCUUCAAUGUUAUCAGUUUGGAAUUCUCUAACACCAGGCUUUCUAACAUGGUAGAGAUGCCCAAGAUAGUUAGUAAGCUUUCCUGGAUUGAAAACUUAUGGCCAGAAGAGUGUGGCUUCGAAAGACCUAAAGUGCAGAAGUAUUGCUUUAUGAGUGUACAGCAUAGCUACACAGAUUUUCACAUUGAAUUUGGUGGCACUUCAGUCUGGUACCAUGUGCUUAAGGGUGAGAAAAUCUUCUACUUGAUCUACCCAACAGAUGCUAACCUGACUCUUUUUGAGUGUUGGAGAAAAUCCUCUAAACAAAAAGAGAUGUUCUUUGGUGACCAGGUGGACAAGUGUUACAAGUGUUCUGUGAAGCAAGGGCAGACACUUUUCAUUCCUUCAGGAUGGAUCCAUGCUGUAUUGACCCCUAUGGAGUGCCUAGCAUUUGGGGGAAACUUUUUACACAGUCUUAACAUUGAAAUGCAGCUCAAAGCCUAUGAGACUGAGAAGCAGCUGACCUCAGUAGACCUCUUCAAGUUUCCCAGCUUCGAGACCAUCUGUUGGCACGUGGGAAAGCAAAUUCUGGACAUCCUUGGAGGUUUGCGAGAGAAUGGGAGACGACCUGCUCCUUACCUGGUUCAUGGUGGUAAAGCUCUGAAUGUGGCCUUUCAAGCCUGGACAAGGAAAGACGCUCUGGCAGACCACAAAGAUGCGAUCCCAAAGACAGUGCAGACCAUACAGCUCAUGGAAGAUCUGGCUAGGGAGAUCUGUUUGGCCGAAGAUACCUUCCAACAGAACACCCAGAAGGUGAAUACAACCUUUGGGGUCCAGCAGCUCUUCCCCACUGAUUCCUCUUCCUUAAUGAGGCCAACUCAUCUCACUUCAGUAUCUAAGCCUACAUUAUCACUACCCUCCACAAGUGGUUCAAAAAAUAAAGGCCCAAAGCAUAAGGACAUCUUCAAGAAGGUCAAACAAAAGGACAAGGAGUGUCAAGUCUUGGGAUCUGAUGAUCAAUGUAUGGAUAAUCCUAUGGAUGUAAACAAUUAUCAAGUACUUAUGGCAGGCUCUUCCCAGAAAGUAGAGUUUGAUAUCACUAAUACCUGCUUGAAUGACUCAGGUGAUGACUCAAAAUCUGACAGUGUCUAUGAUGGGAAUGAGAGCCCCAUGGCAGUGUCGAUGGCUAAUGGUGGAACCAAGAGGGUGAAGAGUUUGUCCAAGUCUUGGAGAGCCAAAAACAUAAAGAAGGAAGAUAAUCCAAGGUUGGUGAAAGAACAAGUAAUUGGAGACAAGUUUGACUUGGAUUCAAAUGUUGAGCUGCAGAUUGAGGAGGAACUGGGAAAAGAGAAAAUAAGCCUGGUAGUAAGACCAAAUAUUCCCCCAAAUUUGCCCCAGGUGAAAUUUUGCUCUGGCCAAAACCAAAUUCAUGAACAAGGGGAUUCUGUGAUCACCUCUGAGAACUGUAAAACAGAUAAUGAAAUUAUGGAAGGGGUUGAAGACAAGAUAUGGAAUGGAAGUGGAUCUGGUGGAAUUCUUGAUCCACUUAAGGUCGGGGAACAGAUGGAAAGAUUUGGCUGUGUUGUCCUCACGGAGGAUGCAGACUCUUCCAGCAAUAAGGAGGCUAUCCAGGACAUUGUGAUCAUACCUGAAUUACGGUCUUCAUCUUCUUCACCAGCUCCCUCCAGUCUCCAAACCUGGUGGAGUGAAGGGCAGGGCCAAAGCCAUGGGAGCUCCAGCAGUGGCUUGGGCAUGGUACCUAAUAGUCUUGUUUCUCAGCACAUCCGAUGGAAAUGGCCCAUCAAGCGGCUAGCAUACUGGAAAACUGAAAGCGCAGAGGAGCAUGACAGGGCGAAUAAGCAAGACAACUUGGGAACAUGCUUAAAGGAUUCUGAGCGUAUCUACCUAUUCCUGGAGUCUGAUGAUGAUGAUGAUGACGACGAUGAUGACAAUGACGACGAUGACAAUGAUGACGAUGACGAUGAUGAUGACGAUGAUGAUGAUGAUGAUGACCCUGUUUUGAGAUCUCUACCAAAGAAAAGGAAGAUAUCAGAUGAUGCCCCAUGGAUUCCUAGCGCACGUGUGAUCCCACCACUACCAAAGCAGGACCGUCCUAUGCGCAAGGGAACCCGUGUUGUCUGCACUGAGGUUGGUUUGCCUGCAGCAGCUACAAAGUUGGCACAGCAGGUGAAGAACAUGAAGCUGACUCUAAAUGACUAGUCCAGGGUAGGGCAGCUAGUAAAUGGAGAAAAUAAGACUUAGACCCCUGUCCUCAAAUGUCAGCUUCCCUGUAGCAUGAUACUUAAGUUAAUAUGUAUUUUAGUAAUACUAUCCCAUUUAAAUGAAACUUAAUAGGGUUGUGUUUUUUAAUAGGAUGUUCUAUAGAGCUGUAGAGUUUCUUAGAAAUGUCUUCCAGGCUGUUAUUUGGACCCAGAAGAGAUUAAGCAGGUCAAGAGGCUCUUCUCUUACUAGAACCUGCCCUCUGUCAUUUAUAUCUCAGUGUCAUGUGUAACUUGGAAAUAAAGGCUUUACUACUUUAAAUAUACCCCCAAACAAAGAAAACAAACAAAACAGCCCACAAAAAUAAAAUACCCACCAAUAUCUGUCUUGGGACUACAUAUUCUUAGUAAUACUUGAGAUCCAAUUUUGAACCUUUGCUU